AUGGAAACAGCCAAGCUAACCGAGACUCCUCCUAAUGCACACAAAAUCGGACUUGCAUACCAGUACGGUGAUACGAAGACUGGGCGCCAUGCGGUCAUUGAGGACAUCGGAUCAGUCGUGCCUGAAGUCCUUGUUUCUGAUUUUCUCAACUGCUUACUCCCACCGCUGGAUAACAUCAAUGUGCCUGGUGUAGUUGACGCAUUGCGUCGAGAGGGACACAUCAAGGAGAAUGAAGAGGGCGAAUUCUGCUGGGCUUUGUUCCUGGACAGUCCUUCUUGCAUCGACGGGUUGGAAGACAAAUGCUUCAAGCCGCUCGAAGAUUUAUCAAAGGAAAUCUUCAAGCAAUCUGGCAUAAAGAAAGAACAGACUUUCAUAUUUACCCAAAAUCCGCGGCAGACACCGCAAUCGGUGAACAGAGACUCCGCCAGUCGCCCCGAUGGUUAUUUUGUCAAGAAGGUCCAGUUGCCUGGCGACAAAGUCCACUGGAUGGAUGUCGGUCUUUCUGCAGAGUACAAGAAGGUAGACAAUGAUGACAAUAGGACUGAUGACGUGAUCAAAGUUAUCUGGAGUAUGCAUCACUGCAUGCGAGAAGACCCCCGCCGACGCUUCACGUACGGAUUGACGAUAGAGGACACAACCAUGCGUAUGUGGUUCUGUAAUCGUACUGAGAUCCUUGUGAGUGAAAAGCUGGACUUUGUGAAGGAUCAUGGCGUUGUUGUUCACUUCUUCUUGGCUCUGAUGACUGCUGACUACCAUAAAGCCGGAUGGGACCCUACUAUCAAGCUCGUCGUGAAAGACGGUAAGAUCAUGGAGAAUCUAGAUAGGACACCGUGCCUCGAUAUUGAAGUCAAGUCCGAGGAAGGCGCCACAGUAACAUAUCGCACGACACGCCGCAUUUCCGACCUCGGUGCACACCCUCUACGCGGCUCGGGUACUCGUGUCUGGGAAGUGAAGGUGCUUGGACCCGAUGGGACACCCGAAGGUCCCGCGAUGGUGCUAAAAGACUCCUGGAUUGAUCAUGAUCGCAAGCUAGAAGGGCACAUCCUGCAAGAAAUCCGUGCCGAAGCCUCAAAACGUGACGAAGCCUCAAAACGUGAUGAAGCCUCAAAACGUGACGAAGCCUCAAAACGUGAGGCAAACUCGAAACAUGACGCAAAGCCGAAACAUAAUCUUAGAAAGCAUGUUGACCGGCUUUUUCUGACUGUCAAGCACCACGGUAAUGUGUUUGUCGAGGGAAAGCAAGAUCACACGCGGGACGUCAUGACCGGAGGUCGAGAGUUCUCAUCGGGCGGGAAGCUAUUUGAAAUCGACUCCAAGAGAGUGGAAGGUGGUCGACUCCGGUCCGUGGUGGAGGUGAUGCGCUCUGAACCCCCAAGGCCAGGGCUUGGAGAUCAUCGGUCCCAGCACCAACGUCUGACAUUACCCGAGAAGAAGCUCAAGAAGUACCCUUACAAGGUACACUAUCGCAUUGUGUUUGGAGAAGUUUGCGUUCCCAUCUACACAUUGACCUCUUUGCAUGACGUCUUCGCGGUUCUUGUCGAGGCAUUAGCUGUACCCAUGAAAUUCGUACUUGUACUUGAACUUACCCAGUACUCAAUCCAGGGAACUUUUGACUACAUGUCUGUGGAAGUCGACUCCCUCAUGUAUUGGUUCCUCCCGGAAGAGGAAGAUCUCUAUCUACCAAGCAUUCCACAAGCAGACGAGGGGGAUACAAGAGGAGAUAUCCUCGACGAUUGCUAUUCCCCACCACCUGAGCCAUUACCGGAGCCUAUCAUCGAGCCAACUCCUCCUUUCAGAUAUAACCCCAUGCACGACCUCGAAUCCAUCUGGUGGAUCGCAGUGGACUUUAUCUUCAACCGAGAAGUUUUAUCUGUGGGCGGGAAAUCGGCCUCCGAGCUGGACAUAAAGGGAACUGCCGACUUCGAAAAGCAACUUGAAUUUGUCAACGAGCUUUUUUAUGAUAGGACCCGCAGAAGAGAUAUCUUCCAGAGAACCGGCACCUUUCAAGAACGCGUCGCCAAUCUCCACGGGUCCGUCAGAGACAUCGCCAAGGAGUUGGAAAAAGCCAGAAAGACUUUCUGCGAACAGUACCAAGAUUUGGAGAAGACUCCUGAGUUGAUCAAAGCUAUCAACCCGCGCUCUGCCGCGAAAGUUUAUAGAUUCUCAAGCCGAUUGUUUGUCAGCAUCCGAAAGCACCUUGCACAAUGUGACAUAGAGGUGAAAGAGCUCGUGCGACCCCUGCCUAUGGCGCAGAACGCGGCAUCCAAGCGUCAAGCCGUAUGCAAGGCCGAGGAUGUCGCCGGGCAGGCACUAGAAGCUGGUCAAGACCAUCAAGAUAGAUCUCGCAGUCGUUCUGAAUCCCCUCUCGCUCAUGUGCAGCGGAAUAAGAGCAAGCGGCGCCGCCAAGCGUCGGACAGUGAUUAUGAGCCUGAUAAAGACGAAGAUUGCGAGCCAGGAAACUCGAGCACGGGCACAGUUGAGGGCCGCGCUUCACCUUCCGCGAGGCACCUUAGGAAGAAAUUGAGACGCACACGUCCAGCCACUCCUGCUCGCGACACAGAGGGGGAAGAGAGUGGCGCGAUGUUGUCAUAUCCUAUGCCGUGA